AGUAAGAAACCCAUGAAAUUGAAACAAUGCGGUCAGUCAUUCAUUUUCUCGAACCCAAAGCGAUGGGCUGAUUUGUCAUUUCCUUGGCAAACUGCCUUAUACGCUCAACUGUUUGACCUAUUCCUUAACUCAUCUGAAGUUCAAACUUUCAAACCCCCGAUAGAAGGCUCUGGAGUCUUUAGAAAUUCAACCCUGCCCAACAUUAAAACUAGUCAUCUAUUUUGUUUUUCCUCCUAAAACGUUUCUCUGUCCCCUAAACCAUCGAAAAGAAGCCCCUUCCCUCUCUUUUCUCCAAAAACAAAACAAAAACAGGCAAGAAAGAAGAGUUGGGAUACAGAUAUAGGAAGGCAUGGGUACUUUAGUGGGGCAUGUUGCACCGGGUUUUGCCUUCUUUGCACUUGGUUUUUGGCAUCUUUUUAAUCACAUCAAGCUCCAUUCUCUUCACGGAAAUUCCUACUCAUCUUCCCCAUGGUUCCCCACAUCAAAAUUAAGGUACAUAGAGCUGUUCCUGAUCAUGAUAGGCUCCUCCAUCUCCAUCUCCAUGGAGCUCUUUAUUGGCCCUGAAAGACACCAACCUUUUGAUCCUGAUGGAACCAUCCCAUCAAAUCAUCUCCACAACUUUGAGCACUCUGCUAUAUCAAUGACUUUCUUUACUUAUGCAGCUUUUGCUAUACUCCUUGAUAAAAUUAGCCCCAAAGCUAAGUAUAGCCUAACACAGUUUCUUGGAGCAGUAGCCUUUGCCCAACAACUACUCCUCUUCCACCUUCAUUCAGCUGAUCACAUGGGAGUCGAGGGUCAAUAUCACUUGCUUUUACAGAGUGCCAUAGUUGUGUCUUUAGCCACCACCCUCAUGGGAAUUGGGCUUUCUAAGAGUUUCAUGGUCAGCUUCAUUCGGUCUCUCAGUAUUUUGUUUCAAGGUGUGUGGCUUAUAGUCAUGGGGCACAUGCUCUGGACUCCAGGGUUGAUUCCCAAAGGCUGUUUCAUCCACUCUGAAGAGGGUCACCAGGUUGUUAGGUGCUCAAGCCUUGAGGCACUACACCGAGCUAAAUCAUUAGUAAAUAUUCAAUUUAGCUGGGCCUUGAUAGCUCUCACCAUUUUUGCGAUGGCUUUCUAUUUGGUUUUGGUUAAAUUAUACGGAGAAAAGGUUACGUAUUCGACAUUGACAAAGGAAGACGACCUGGAACUUGAAGAAGAUUCUGAUGAUGUUGAAUCUCAGAAGCAGAGCAAAUAUGGAGAGCCGAAAAGCUUUAUUGUUACGGGAAAGGGCUAUGCAGCUAUGGACAGAGAAAGGUCGAUUAAAGAGAAAUGAAAAAUUUGGGUGCCGAUUAGGUACGUGUACAAAGUUAGUUUGGUGGAAAUCCCACUUCCUUUUAAUUAAGCUCUGCAAUAAUUCGGGGCUUAAUGACAGCAGAAUGUGUCGUGGGCAGAGGAUUUGAAAAAGUGUGUUGUUUGGGAGAAAUUGGUGUGAAAUUGUUUGGUCUGAAUUCAUGGGCUUUGGAGUUAGGGUGAUUUCAGCGUGAUUGGAAGUGUAGAUGAAGUAUAUAUGUUAAUUCGCGUAUUUAUAUUUUGUAAAAUAUUAAUAA